GAGCCUGGGAAGUGCCCUGGACUCUGCCACCCGCUGGGCCCCCGGAUCGGCGGUGACGGGUGGGGGGAAGUUCGGGCAGCGCGGGCUGGCGGCGGGGGACCGGGAAGGCCGCGAGGCCCGGCGGGGUCGAGGUUCGGAGUUGGCGGGUCCGAGGCCCGGCUGGAGAUGCGGAAUCGGAAGCUCGGCGAGGUGAAGUGACCUCCCCGAGGCCGCACAGCUCCUAAAUGUGACUGAACUGGAAAGCUGGAGCGUCUGGUUCCAAGUCUGGUUCCAAAUCUGUGCCAAGUUCCAGGAAACAACAGGAGAGGGGCAAGUUAACAGGCCACCGGAGUGACCGGCUGUUUGGAAGUGAAACACUGCCGAAGGGGGAGCGGAGAGUGAGGGCCAGGCUCCGCAGGGUCAGCUGUAUCUGCACCCAGUGCUGAGUUUGUUCUGUGUGGGACUGCUGAUGGUGGAGACGGUGUCCGGGGCCAGGGGCCCAUUUACAGGGGCCCACAUUGGCCCCCAGUUUUCAGCCUUAGGUGUGAACCAGACUCCCACGGAAGACGUGAGCAUCCAGGCACUGAGCUGAACCCUGGGGUAUACCAGGGAACAAUACAGACAAAAAUUCCUGCCCUCGUGGAGCUAACAGUCUUCUGGGAGGACAGAUCAUGGAGCAAACAUGUAAAUUUCAGGUGUGUCGUGACGUGUGUGGCCUGAACAUCUCUGACCGCUGUGACUUCGUCCGGACCACCCCGGACUGCCGCAGCCAAGGGGGUUACCUGAACUACCUCGAGGGCAUCUUCUGCCACUUCCCACCUAACCUCCUCCCUCUGGUCAUCACCCUCUAUGCUUUCUGGCUACUUUACCUGUUUCUGAUUCUGGGAGUCACCGCGGCGAAGUUUUUCUGCCCUAACUUGUCAGCCAUUUCCACCGUGCUCAAGCUCUCCCACAACGUGGCAGGCGUCACCUUCCUGGCCUUCGGGAACGGCGCACCCGAUAUCUUCAGCGCCCUGGUGGCUUUCUCGGAUCCGCGCACAGCCAGCCUGGCCUUCGGGGCGCUGUUUGGCGCGGGUGUGUUGGUUACCACCGCAGUGGCCGGUGGCAUCGCCAUCUUGCGCCCCUUCACGGCCGCCUCCAGGCCCUUUCUCAGAGACGUUGUUUUCUACAUGGUGGCCGUGUUCCUGGCCUUCACCGCACUCUACUUUGGCAGAGUCACACUGGCGUGGGCCCUGGCUUACCUAGGCUUGUACGUGUUCUAUGUGGUCACCGUGGUUCUCUGCACCUGGAUCUACCGAUGGCAGCGGAGGGCAUCCCUGGUCUACUCCAUGCCAGGCACUCCAGAAAUGCUCUCAGAUUCUGAAGAGGAUCCCGUGUCUUCCAACAGCUAUGACUACAGGUUGGGAGGACCAGGGGGAGCAGAGAGGGUCUCCUGGAGGCUGAGCCAGCCACGGAUACCUGCCCCUCCCCACCUCGUACACCCAGGCGAAGAGUACCGGCCGCUGCUCUUCUACCAGGAGACCACAGUUCAGAUCCUGGCCCGGGCCCUCAACCCUCUGGAUUACAGGAAGUGGAGGAGCAAGUCAGUGUACUGGAGGGCCCUCAAGGUGUUCAAGCUGCCCGUGGAGUUCCUGAUGCUGCUCACCGUCCCCGUCGUGGACCCUGACAAGGAGGACGGGAACUGGAAACGGCCCCUCAACUGCCUGCACCUGGUCAUCAGCCCGCUGGUCUUGGUCCUGACCCUGCAGUCGGGGGCCUAUGGCGUCUAUGACAUAGGUGGCCUGGUUCCUGUCUGGGCCAUCGUGGUGAUUGCGGGGACAGCCGUGGCUGCGGUGACCUUUUUUGCCACAUCCAACAGCGAGCCCCCCAGGCUUCACUGGCUCUUUGCUUUCCUGGGCUUCCUGACCAGCGCCCUGUGGAUCAACGCAGCGGCCACGGAGGUGGUGAACAUCUUGCGGUCCCUGGGAGUGGUCUUCCGGCUGAGCAACACUGUCCUGGGGCUCACGCUGCUGGCCUGGGGGAAUAGCAUUGGAGAUGCCUUCUCAGAUUUCACGCUGGCCCGCCAGGGCUACCCACGGAUGGCAUUCUCAGCCUGUUUCGGCGGCAUCAUCUUGAAUCUGCUGGUGGGAGUGGGGCUGGGCUGCCUGCUUCAGAUCUCCAGGAGCCACGCGGCGGAGGUGAAGCUGGAGCCAGACGGACUGUUGGUGUGGGUCUUGGCCGGCGCCCUGGGCCUCAGCCUCGUCUGCUCCCUGGUCUCGGUCCCACUGCAGUGCUUCCGGCUGAACAAAGUCUACGGCUUCUGCCUGCUCCUCUUCUACGUGAACUUCCUCGUGGUGGCCCUGCUGACGGAAUUUGGGGUGAUUCACUUGAGAAGUGCGUGAGUGAUGCCACGUGUCCGGGCCGCCUGGUGGCCGCGAGGUGUGACUGCAGGCGGCGAGAGGGACGUCUGGCCUGGGUGGCUGGGGCGGCGGGGACCGCUGCCUCUGCUGGAGGUUCCUGGCUGCCGCCUGUGCAGGGAGAACAGCUAGGCCUUGUUUCUGGGACAUCGGAGACCUGGCUGUGUUGCGCACAGAGCUGCGGACAGAAGGUAGAGCUCCUUGGAUUAUCCGUGAGCCUCCUGGGGGCUGAGCGCCUUCCGGCCGGUGUCGCCGCAGCAGCGGAGUCUUCUAGGGCCGUAGUCAUGCCCUGCUGCCCUCCUGCAUCUUCUCCUGAGGGCUCACUCACGCUGCUGCCAAACCGGGGCUUCGGGUGUCAGGGCGACUCAGAUGGCGGGCAGCGCACAGUGGGCGUCCGGCCAUCCCGGGCUGCGUCCUAGAGCUGCUCCGUCCGACGGAAAUGGGACGUGAGACGCACACCGAAUUGUGAAAUUUCCAGUCGCCCCGUUAAUACAAGCCAAAGGAAACGGGCCCUAUAUUAUAGGUGUUACUCAGUGGCUCCGAAAUAGCAGCGAUGGCGCCGGCCCCGCCAUGGCCGCCAUAUUGGACGGCGCAGCUCUGGCCUCUGCCUCCCGACUCUCCGCUGGCUGUUGGCAGACGCCCCUGUGCCCUGAGCCUCGGGCUUCCCUAGCUGUGAAGCGGGCACCCGCCGGACUGUGCCCUGUCCUACCUCGGGGGGAGCCCAGGGCCGGGGUUCCAAUUCCUGGAAGCUCCAGGGAGGACGGGGAGAGUGCUCCCCAGUGCCUUCCUGCUGUCAGCUACGGACCUGCCUUUUCUUUUCCUUUUUUUUUUUUUAAAGAUUUUAUUUAUUUAUAUGACAGAGAGAGACAGCGAGAACAGGAACACAAGCAGGGGGAGUGGGAGCGGGAGAAGCAGGCUUCCCACCGAGCAGGGAGCCCGCUGCGGGACUCGAUCCCGGGACUCCAGGAUCAUGACCCGAGCCGAAGGCAGACGCUCAACGACUGAGCCACCCAGGCGCCCCCGGACCUGCCUUUUCAAGGAGCAACCGUUCAGUUUGCCCAACUGCCUUCUGUCAGCAGCUGCAGCAAAGCAGUUUGACAGUCUUUUUUUCCCCCAGUGAAAGAAAAUGAUUAAAUAUUUCAA